AUUCCAUUUCCAUUCGGUACUUACUUACUAUAACAAGAACAAGAUCAAGAUCGUUGCUUUCUCUAUCGCAAUGGCGAGUUCAAUCCUGCUAUCGCCUUCUGUCACUUCCUCCAUUUUAUCCCCCAAAUUAGCCGCCUUCAAAUCGAUCAGUCUCGCUAGGCUCAGACAUGCCUCGCCUCUCUUCUCAGAAUUUUCACACCGGGAGAAAAGCUGCGUUACUGGUAGGUUUCCGCUUCAGAAGUUCACGAUUCUGCAAAAGAUACGCGCCUCCUCUGAUUUGGGAGAAACCCAAGAGAGUAAAGAACUUUUAGUAGGGGAGAAUUCUGCAGAAUUCGAUUUGUCCAAGCAGAAGGUUUCGUCUUGGGUUUAUUUCACCCUAAUUCUGGGGGUUGUUCUCUUUGCUCUUGAUGUUGUUUGGAUUGAUAACUCCACUGGAUUCGGAAAGACUUUCAUUGACGCUCUUUCUAGCGUCUCCGAUAGCCCCGAGGUUGUGAUGUUUAUGCUUACCUUAAUCUUUGGCAUUGUUCAUAGUGGCUUGGCUAGCCUUAGAGAUGCUGGUGAAAAACUCAUCGGGGAGCGUGCAUACCGUGUUCUGUUUGCUGGAGUAUCUCUUCCCUUAGCUGUUAGUACUAUUGUGUACUUCAUAAACCAUAGAUACGACGGGGUGCAGUUGUGGCAAUUGCAAACCGUUGGUGGACUACAUGAACUCCUGUGGUUGUCAAAUUUCGUUUCAUUCCUUUUCCUCUACCCUUCAACCUUUAAUCUACUAGAGGUUGCAGCUGUAGACAAGCCUAAGAUGCAUCUUUGGGAAACUGGGAUCAUGAGAAUUACCAGACACCCUCAGAUGGCUGGGCAGGUGAUAUGGUGCUUGGCUCAUACAAUUUGGAUAGGUAACUCAGUGACAGUGGCAGCCUCUAUUGGACUAAUUGCUCACCAUCUAUUUGGUGCUUGGAACGGAGACAGGAGGUUGGGUUUACGACAUGGUGAGGCAUUUGAAGCCGUUAAAAACAGGACUAGCGUUAUUCCGUUUGCAGCUAUUUUGGAUGGUCGUCAGAAGUUGCCGAAGGAUUACUACAAAGAGUUCAUGACAUUGCCAUACUUAACCAUCACUGUCUUAACAUUAGGUGCAUACUUGGCUCACCCACUUAUGCAGGCCGGUAGUUUUGGCCUUCAUUGGUAAACAUCUCUCUCUAUCUGGCCUAUUUGAUGCAACUGCUUUGUGUAUGGGAUCAAAUGGUCAAUACAGUAUUGGUUGGAUGAAAAGGGGUUGUCUAGAUUUGUUUAUAUA